AUGUAAAAGCUGUGUCUCAACCUACUGAGCUGCCUAACUAGACUGCAUUGGUCGGGAUCGUUGGCGUAUUUGUGCUGCCGAUUCUGAAAGCGUCUAAUGACGCUGACGGCGAACAUGUUUUUUGUUUAUAACACGACUCUGGAAAACUUGAUUCUGAUUGGUCAAUAGCGACGUCUUGGGUGUAUGAAAAUAUUUUUGUAAAUUGGAUAUUUCGCCGUUGUCCAUAGCAACGCUAAUCCUCUCUAACUUUCGAGAGGUUUCUAGAGAGAGAGAGAGAGAGAGAGAAAAAGAGUGCUAGCAAGUCCCAGUUUACAGAUACUGACAUGGAAUAUGAGAGGCCUAAUGUCGAGACCAUUAAAUGUGUGGUGGUGGGGGACAAUGCUGUGGGCAAAACGCGGCUGAUCUGUGCCCGAGCAUGUAACGCCACUCUUACGCAGUACCAGCUCCUUGCCACGCAUGUGCCCACUGUCUGGGCCAUUGACCAGUAUAGAGUCUGUCAAGAGGUUCUGGAGCGCUCCAGAGAUGUAGUGGAUGAUGUAAGCGUGUCUCUUCGGUUAUGGGACACUUUCGGAGACCACCACAAAGACCGACGCUUUGCUUACGGCAGGUCAGAUGUGGUGGUCCUGUGCUUCUCUAUCGCCAACCCCAAUUCUCUCUUUCACGUGAAAACUAUGUGGUACCCAGAGAUCAAGCACUUCUGCCCUCGUGCCCCAGUCAUUCUGGUGGGCUGCCAGUUAGACCUGCGUUACGCUGACCUGGAGGCUGUUAAUCGGGCACGGAGGCCUCUUGCCAGACCCAUCAAAGCAAAUGAGAUUCUUCCUCCUGAGAAGGGUCGCGAGGUGGCCAAAGAACUGGGUGUGCCGUACUACGAGACCAGCGUUGUGGCUCAGUUUGGAGUGAAGGACGUGUUCGACAAUGCCAUUCGCGCUGCUCUCAUCUCACGGCGCCACCUGCAGUUCUGGAAGUCUCACUUGAGGGACGUCCAACGGCCCCUUUUGCAGGCGCCUUUCCUGCCUCCAAAGCCUCCUCCACCUGUUAUAGUCAUCCCGCCGCCUCCUUCCACCACUGAGGAGCAUCCGGCCCGGCUGCUGGAGGAGCCGCUGUGUGCUGAUGUGGUUCUGGUUCUCCAAGAGCAGCAGCGAAUCUUCGCUCAUAAGGUCUACCUCGCCACGGCCUCUUCGAAAUUCUACGACCUUUUUCUCCAGGAUGUGAAGGCUGAGGCUGAUGGCAAGCAACCCCCCGGACGGGAGCCCCCUACACGGGCGGCCAGCUUUGACAUGUGUGAGAGCAGUGAUGAAGAUAGCAGGGUCAACCUCAGGGCCUGUAUCAGUGACGGGACCCUGAUCGGCACAGACUCCGAUGGGAUACUGGAAGGUGGCCGUGGGGGGCGGCUUUUGUCGUCUUUGGGUCGGGCUUUCGUCAGCAUCAGGAGAGAAACGGUCCAGGACCCCGUCACGUUCAUCUCACGGCCAAUGACGGUGGUGCACAUGGACCCUUCGGUGUUGCUCGGGCCGUUUCGUGUGGUCAUGCGUUACUUAUACACUGGACAGUUGGACGAGCACGAGAAGGACCUAAUGCAAAUCGCCCACAUCGCCGAGUUGCUGGAAGUGUUCGACUUGCGCAUGAUGGUCGCCAACAUCCUGAAUGAUGAGGCCUUCAUGAACCAGGAGAUCACAAAGGCUUUCCAUGUGCGACGGACCAAUCGGGUGAAGGAAUGCCUGGCUAAGGGAACUUUCUCAGAUGUGGUGUUCAAACUGGAUGAUGGUACCGUUCAGGCCCAUAAACCUCUACUCAUCUCUAGCUGUGAUUGGAUGGCAGCCAUGUUUGGUGGGCCUUUUGUCGAGAGCUGUACUAAAGAGGUGUUGUUCCCAAACACGACCCGUAGUAGUAUGCAGGCGGUGCUGGAGUAUCUCUACACGGGACGCUUCUGCUCCAGACCUGACCUGGAUGCCAUGGAGCUGAUUAUCUUGGCCAAUCGCCUCUGCUUGCCUCACCUGGUCGCCCUCACAGAGCUCCACACUGUGACAGUUCUGAAGGAGGCUGCUGCCAUGGGCACGGACAUUGACGGAGAUGUGCUGGUAUAUCUGGAGAUGGCUCAGUUCCACUGUGCCUACCAGCUCACCGAUUGGUGCCUUCACCACAUCUGCACCAACUACAACAACGUGUGCCGCAAAUUCCCCAGGGACAUGAGGGCCAAAUCAGCAGAGAACCAAGAAUACUUUGAGAAGCACCGCUGGCCUCCAGUCUGGUACCUGAAGGAGGACGACCACUACCAGAGAGCACGGAAGGAGCGGGAAAAGGAGGACUACCUGUCGCAGAAGCGGCAGAGCAAGCGUAAAUGGGUGCUGUGGAAUCUUCCGCCCUCCCCUACAAACCCCUCUUCAUCUUCCUCAUCGUCCUCAUCCUCUGGCUCCUCUGCUAUCGUUUGAAGAGACGAGGGGGAAUCCGUAAGGAUUCUGUAAGGUACCUUACAGAAACUAUGAGGUGCUGUGAACAUAUCUUCUUCGACAAGUCCUGCUAUUAACACAGGGUUGAAAUCACUGCUGGUUUCAGAUCAACAUCUCAUCAACUGUGCUUUGAAAUUCAUGGUGCUUGAAGUCCUGUACAGGCAUCAUGUAGGGCAUGGCCGCCAAACAGGUCUAAAUGUAAAAUGUUUACCAAAUGUGACUAUAGUUGUUCUGCUUACAUAAAACAGGUAGGCAUCUCAUCUCAAAACAAAGAAGAAACCUUUGGUGUGUUAUAUUGAUCUAGAUCAGUGGUUCCCAACAUCAUGCCAAAAUGGUUCAUAAUACAAAAAAUCAAUUGAUUUAAACACUGUGUGUAUAUAAAUAAUAUUAUUUAUAUACUUUCACAGUAUUUAACAUAAUGAUUUAGCGUUUAUUUUCAUGUUUUUUAGUUUUCAUUUGUUUGUUUUUUUGUUUUUUUGAUAACACUUUACAAUAGGUUUCCAU